UUUAUUUUUCCUUUUCUUUCUUCUUUCUUCCCCCCUUCAGCAGCAGCCCUCACCAUUUCUUUCCUCUUCUUUCCUUUCCUUUUCUUCCUCCCUUCUCCCCUGUCACGCACGCACAGCAGCUCACCCGAACCCCUCUCCCUCCCCUCUUCUCCUCCUCUUCUCUCCACGCACGGCAACCCGGCCCUUUUCCUCUUCAUUUCUCCUUCCUUCUUCCAUCAUACAGCACCCCCUUCCCAUUUCCCUCUUUCUCUUCUCCUCACACACACGUUGACGAUGAGUGAGAUACACAUGGAGAGAGAGACCCGAAUUAGAGAGGGAGAGCUGGAAACCCGAGACUUGGAGAGGCUUGAGACCGGGAGAGAUCAAACGUGACCCGUGUGACCGAGUGGCCGGCUGGGGGAUGCGAUUUUCGGAGUCGUCGUCGGUGAACCCAGGAGACACGAUCUCCGGCGAAAUGAAGCAAAAUCGGUGGGAUUUCUGGUAGUUUUCCGAGAAGCUUCCAAAGGAUCGUGUCAUCAUUGGAGACUUCAAUGGGUCCUUCAAUGUAGAGUUGGAGUCGUGAGUCCAAUGCAGCCAGGUACAUUUUGGCUAAGGAGCAUAAAAUACACCCAAACAAAAUAUUUUUUUCGAUGGACCAGAGACCCCCUACUUGCGCACAUCGUGCACCACGCCUACCCGUGCCUUGCACGACUACAUCCACACCGGCGAUGUCAGCGGCACUACAUACCACACCCUGGCGACACCACCCGGACGCCUUUUAUAGACCAUUGCCCCCGGGUACGGCGAGGAUGAGCAGGUCAGAUCCCGGGCAGACGAGCACAGCUGGAUAUUCUCCUUCUCCAUACCCGCCUACCUCGACCCCGGCGAUGUCAGCGGCACUACAGACUACACCGUGGCCACACCACCCAGACGCCGUUUAUAGACCAUUGCCCCCGGGUACGGCGGGGAUGAGCAGGUCAGAUCCCAGCCAGACAAGCUCAGCUGGAUAUUCUCCUUCUUCGUACACGACGUUAUCGCAGUUGGGGAUGACCUCACCGGGUCAUAUUGAUCGAUGGUGGGCGGCAGAGUGUCAUGAUCUGAGCAGAUUCCCGUUGUACUAUCCAUACCCCCUUACACCAUCUAUGCCAGUGAACCCUGAUAGUGAGACUCAGGAUGACAGAUUCUCGCUGUCACAGCGGGGGAGGAUGCCUCUGCCGGCUAUGCGGUCGGGACAGAUGUCGGCACCGGCAGGGGGCCAGGGCCCGGCACCUGGGGAGAGUCAGGUGCCUGUAUAUGGACAAAGCCACUUGCCGCUUUCUGGGGAGGGUCAGGACCCAGAUGUGGGGGAGAGCCAGAUGCCCCAUGAGGGGGACGAUGUGAUGUUGGGUCUUGAUCAGUUGGCCCAUGAUGUCCCCCAGGAUAUGUCUUCAGAUGACGAUCAGCAUGAUGAGCCUCACCCGGCAGAUGAGGUAGGCGAGGAGCAUGCUGGCGACCCAGCGACCGAGCUCAUAGCGACCGACCAUAUUCGGCUGAUGGGGUAUAACCCAGACGGGAGCAUCUAUUUUGAGGUGAUUAAGGACCCAGAGAGAAAUUGGGUGCUCCCGAGGGGGAAGAAAGUUGUGUUGCAGUACAAUGCUGCAACACAACCCGUGGGACGAGCAUGCAAUCGUUAUAGACGGGCUGCGGGCAAGCUUUUACGGAGCGGGUCCCACAUUCACUUGCGGGACGAAUGGGCAAAGGUAGAUAAGCAGAUUAAGCGGGCAAUGUGGGAUGCCAUAAUGCAAGAAUUUUUUGUACCCGUAUCCGUCGACCAGCGUCUCGCACAGAACGAAUUCUGGGGUGAUAUGGGCCGUAAGCACCGUUCGUGGAAGUCGAAGUUGAGGACCCAGCUAAAUAUUCAAGACGGUGACACGCCAUUGACAAUACGUGCGAGAAUGCCAGAUACGUUUUUUGAUAAGUAUGACCGAACGGAUGUGGAGGACGUACUGCACGAGUGGUGCACAAAAAGAAAUCAGGCGAGGUUUGAACGAAUGAAGCGGCUGCGGGAGCAGAAUGACAUCCCCCAUAGUCUGGGGUCCAAAAGUUAUGCCAGAUUUAAUCACGAUGAGGCAACUACAUCUGGCACGCCCCCUACUCGCGCCGAGUCGUUUGUGAAGACGUACACAAGGAAAGACGGCACUUAUCUGAACGAGCGGACACGGGACCUAUGCGAGCGGAUGACACAGAGUUUGUCCACUGAUCCUGCUGCCACGGAAUCCGUUUCAUCAGAUACGGUGCGUUGGGCACCUGGCGACGCGUACGAGCAGGCAGUUGGGCGACCCGAGUAUGGGGGUAGGGUUCGGCAGGUUGGGCCGAACGUUACUCAUGUUCGCGGGACUUGUUUCUCGUAUAGGGCCCGCACACGGGGGGGACCGGCCGAGGGCACAUCUCAGGAUUGGGCUGCCAACAAAAUUGCGGAGAUGGGUAUCAUGUUACGGGCCGAGAGAGAGAGAGGAAUGACGGGUUGGAGGGCAUAGUGCGGGCCGAGAGAGAGCGGGCUGACAGCAUGGAGCAGCGCCUACGACAGUUGGAUGCUGUGGAGCAGCGCAUGCGACAGUUUGAGGCCUUCAUGUCCUCUACAGGAUUAUCGUUCGUAUGCCCUGGUGCUCAGCAGUCUUCACCUGCACACGUAGGUAGUACGUCGUCUGUUAGUAGUGCGCCUGCAGGUAAUGCGACAACGAUUGGUCCGGUGUCGCCUGUUGGACAAUUGCUGAGCCAACAAUCCCCUCUCGGGACUCCAUCGCCCGUUACACCAUCUCUUGCGGGACAAUCGCCGGUUGGCGAGUUCACACCCGGGACUGCACCUCGUGAUCCGCAGCGACGUCCUCCAGAUUUGUAGAUAUUUUGUGUAUUUUUUUUUUUUGUUAGUAACGAAUAACUUUAUUAGAUCAAGAUUUUUAAAUUUGUUAAUAUUGUUGUGUAAGUUAUUGUUGUUAGUAACGAAUACAUUUAUUAGUACAUGGUAUUCAAAUUUUUAAAUAUUGUUGUUUUGAUUAAUUUGUGUAAUUUGAUUUUGUGAUAUUUUUAAAUAAAAUAAUUUUGGAGAA